AUGGCUCAUGCUUUCCUUCUCUUCGUCUUAUUCCCUUACAUUAUAUCCACAAAUAUUCAUGCCUGCAAACAAACUAAAUGCAGGUCCCUUCUGUCCUUUGCCUCCACUCUCUCUUCUCCUCCUUUAAAUUGGACAUCCAUUGAUUGCUGUCGUUGGAAGGGAAUCACUUGUGAUCAAGAUGGUUGGGUCACUUGUUUGCUCUUACCUUCCAAAGGGCUUAAAGGAGGUAUCUCUCCCUCUUUACUUGGAAAUCUCACAUAUCUCACCCACUUGAACCUUUCCCACAAUUCCCUAUAUGGUUCACUUGAAACUCAGUUCUUCUUGUCUUUAAAUCAACUUGAGAUCCUUGAUUUGAGCUAUAACCGUCUUUCUGGAGAGCUACCACUUUCUCUACCAUCCAGCAAUAUCCGAACAGUUGAUUUGUCAAGCAAUCUCUUCUUUGGUGCAAUUCCAUCUUCAUUCUUCCAACAAGCAAGCAACUUGACUAGUUUAAAUGUCAGCAACAAUACCUUCACCGGGUAUGUUCUGUCCUCUAUUUGUCUCCAUCUUUCUCCCUCCCUUAGGCUAUUGGAUUUUUCUUCCAAUGUAUUCAGUGGCAACCUUGCUCCUGGGCUAGGGAAGUGUUCUAAACUGCAGGUUUUUCGUGCUGGUCAUAAUAACCUCUCAGGAUUAUUUCCAGAAGAUAUCUAUAAUGUUACCAAACUUGAAGAAAUUGCAUUACCUCUCAAUUCACUACAUGGAGCCAUUAGUGAUAAAAUUGUCAACCUCACCAACCUUGCCAUCCUUGACCUCUCCUUUAAUCAUUUUGGUGGCAAGCUUCCUCUCAAUUUGGGGAAGCUCUCCAAGUUGCUCAUGGGCAAUGAAGAUAUUGAUGGUGAGGGAAUGCCAUCUGAUGAUGACAUGGUUGAUUUUGACGGAUUCCAAAAUCUUCGGUUAUUGUCUUUGGCUAAUUCUGACCUCACUGGUCAAAUGCCUGUAUGGUUAUCACAGGGCCAAUGCCAAGUUGGUUGGGGACUCUUUCCUAGACUAUUUUUUAUAAACUUGUCAGACAACCGAAUUUCAGGGGAGUUUCCAAAGCAACUUUGUAGACUACCAAGGUUGCUUUAUGAACCUAUUGCAUCUCAAGCAGACAAAUAUGAAUUUGAAUUGCCGAUCUUCCUCUUCAGUAUCAAAACCGGAAUUCAAAGUUUUCCAUGGCAGAAAUUGUCUUUUUAUCCACCAUGGAUAGAGGUAUCUAACAAUAGCAUUGUUGGCGAAAUACCUACUGAGAUCGGCCAAUUGCACCUUCUCCGAGGGUUGGCUCUUGGCAACAACAAUUUCUCCGGCGUCAUUCCAAACCAAAUAUCUAACCUCAAAAAUUUAGAGGUAUUGGACUUCCCAAUGAAUCACUUGUCUGGAAUAAUCCCAUCAUCAUUGGCAAGCCUUAAUUUCUUAAAAGAAUUUAAUGUCCCAUACAAUAAUCUUGAAGGACCAAUACCAACAGGCACCCAACUCCAAAGCUUCAACACUUCUGCCUUUGAGGGGAAUCCAAAACUUUGUGGUGCCCCACUUCCAAAUAAGUGCAGACCAAAUAAGGACAUGGAUGUAGAUAACAAGAACAACAAAGACGAGGGCAAUGGGCAUCAUCAACUUCCAUGGUUUUAUAUUUUCGUUGCGUUGGGGUUCAUAAUAGGAUUUUGGGGAGUUUGUAGUUCUUUAGUUAUUAAAAAGACAUGGAGUUAUGCGUAUUUUCAAUUCAUAGAUAAUCUACAAGAUAGGCUCUAUGUGAUGAUAACAGUCGCCCUCAACAGGAUGAAAGGAAGGCUUAGAAGCUAG